UCAGUUCUCUCUUCCAUUUCGUGUAGGACAUUAAUUUUAACUCUUGCUUUCCAUUUGUAGUUCAACGUUGAAGUUAUACAAAUACCUUAAAAUAAGCAUUUAACAUGUGAAUAAUAGCGAUAAAUAACAAUUUUGUUUUUUAAAGAUAUCAAAUAUUUGUAUAUAUAUAAUACAUGUAUUUAUACCUUUCUGAUCAGUAUAAACCAAACCUUAACCUAACUCUCACACUAUCAUAUCCUCAAAAAAAAAAAAAAAAAAAAGCUACCAUAUAACGUAACAUGGGCAGUACUACCAAUAGAAAGUUGCUACUCUGGUCUUCGUCAAUUACUAUUCUCCUUUUUCUCCCAUCUUUCUGCAUAUCUUUCUCCAUAGAUGACAUAUGCAGCCUCACGCAGCAUUCGUCUUACUGCACCAAAACGCUCCCCAAUAACACUUCCACCCAUGAUAUUCACCACUACGGCCGAUUUUCGGUCCAAACAUCCUUGGUAAGGUCUCAGAGAUUUCGUAACUCGGUUCAGAGGCGCAUUAUUCUUAGUUCUUCAGCUCACAACUGCACACAAGAGCCCAUGGCAAUCCGAGCUCUCGAGGAUUGCCAGGAGCUUGUCUCUUCCAAUGUCAACCUAUUAGAAAGCUGUGUCGUUAUGGUCAACGCAGCCAACCAGCUCCUUCCGAUUAAUCAAGCCGAAGACCUACGGGACUCGCUCAGCGCGGUCUUGACCAAUCUCUACACAUGCUUAGAGGGACUAGAAUCCACGCCUACUGCUGAGACCAUAAAAAACGACCUGUCGCAGAUGAUAAACGACGACGUUCAGCUUCACAGCAUCUCGCUCGCUCUCUGCACUCAGGGUUGGGUUCCCAAAGAUAAGAAGGACAGUAGUACUAUGCCUACUACUCCACCAUUGCCGCCGAGACAAGCCUGGUCGUCGUCUUUGCCGAGGUUCAGGCUAGUAUCGGACAAGGCGAACCGGCAGGCUAUUUUGGAGUCGGCUUUGAAAGGAGUAAAGGUGAGUGUUGACCAUAAUGGAGACGAGCAGGGGUCAAUUACUAUAAACGACUUCGUUGUAGUGAGCAAGGACGGGAGUUGGGACUUCACCAACAUCACAGACGCCAUUAACGCGGCGCCUAAUAAUUAUAAUGGCCGUGCUGCUGCUUCUGAUGGUUACUUUUUGGUGUAUGUGACAGCCGGCGUUUACGAAGAAUACGUGGAUGUAGGUAGGGAGAAGACUAACGUGUUCAUGCUUGGAGAUGGCAUCGGCCAGACUAUAAUCUCUGGGAACCAUAGUCACGCCGAUGGAUGGCCUACUUGGAGUUCUGCUACUCUUUGUAAGUAUAUACAACCACUUUCCCAUUAA